AUGGUCCAACACAAGAUUCACGUGGCCGUGCUAGACGCCGACAUUCCCUGCCUCUCAGUAUACAAAGCGCGAGGUCUAUACAGCUCGCAAUUCCGCGUCCUCCUGCAAGCAGCCGCCCAGCGCCUAAACAAGCCCCCAGAAACCCUCAAAGAUGGACCUCUCGCCGUCCAGGUAGCGGCCUUCGAUGCCGUCGGCGGGGUUUUACCUCCUCUGGAAACUCUGCGAACCAACCCCCAGUCCCCAGCCGAGCCUUACGGCGACGGACCAUUGAACCCGAUAGAUGCAAUCCUAAUCACGGGCUCGGCAUCCUCAGCCUACGAAGAUCAAUCCUGGAUCCACGCUAUCACCACAGCAAACCCCAACAACCCACCAACAUCAACCUUCCAUGUUGUACGCUCCCCCGCUGGCUUUGAAAUGGGCAUUCAGCCCAUCACCCUGCAGCCCUCCUUCACCGCGCGCUUCCCACCUCUCGCGCGCGCCACAGCUCAGAGUCCAUUCCGCAUCCAGCUCAUCCACGGUGACGCGGUGGUGCCGACGCCCGAGGCGGAAGCUGCCGCGGGCCAGACGGGAGUCUCGCUGCCGGCACCGUGGUCUAGUAUCGGGAGUAGUGCGCAGUGCGCCAUCCAGGGUCUGUAUCACCUUGGCCGGGUGCUGACGUACCAGGGUCACUUUGAGUUCGACACUUUUGUCAAUGGGGAGCUUGCGCAGGAAUUUGGGCGUCGUGCGGGUUGGUCGGGGGCUGUGAUGGCAGAGUAUCUGGAGCAGAUUUAUCGCUCGCGCGUUCCUGGGUUGAAGGAUGAUGAUGAUGCCCAGGCUGCUGCUGAGGCAGUUUUAAUGUUCUUUGCCGGGGAGGAUGUAGACUUGAUGUGUUAUGGUGGUAGUGGUAUUCUCACGCCUCCGCUGGAUUGA